AUGCUAGCUGCCUUCGACUCAUCAGGAACCUCGUACCAGCAGAUCUUCCCUUCUGGACAGCCUUUCAAGUCGCUGUAUGCGCUCUACGCUAUGACGGAGUAUAUCGGUACAGCUGGUCGACGGCUGAAGGAGUCGGAGUCGUCCAUAUCCGAUGCAGGCGAUAGCAAGAUUAGGGCGUACCUCGAAGCGCUGGCUCGGGUGAGGACCUUGGUCGUGGCGGCGAUCUCUGAUCGUGAGAUUCUCGACGGCUGUGGCUCAGAAGCUCUGAAGAACCGCUUAACGUUCAACUUGAUGAACGUUUAUGGACUGACUUUUCGAGACCCUGAUCUCGACGGAGUUGACGUUCUGCCCAACGCCGUGGCCAUAGCACCUGCAGAUCGCCUCGUUGAAAUACUCUGGUCAGCGAUCACGACACAAGGACACACUAGCCUCAUUCCCCUGAUUGCAUCGACGUUCUCCGCAGUCCUUCGAAGUGCAUCUGUCGACACUGCUUUCUGGGCUUCAUUGAAAGAUGUGCCGAGUCUUGAGGAGCUAUUGGGAGUUUUGCUUCUGGAUGAACCCUCCGAGGCGAUCCGUGCAAAUGUCGCCAAACUUCUAGAGGAAAGGGUCAUCUCUCCUGAUGAGUAUGUCUACGUCGAACACCGUCUCAUUCUGCGACUUCCUCUGGCCGAUACUGCACCGGCUGAUCCCGAGGGCGGCAAUGUCUCCGAAGCAAUGUAA